CAGAUCAUUAUCACUGAACCUGCCAUGGAUAUCUAGAUAAACAACGCGGCGCGGUCCAAAAUCCCGACCCCAAAGCCAGCGCUAGGGACCUGUAGAGACAUCAGCGGGGCGUAACCUCAGAUACGGAAAUCCAACUAUUGAGCACGCCGGUCCCCUUCUUGACCCUGAUGAGGAAAACGCAGCAGCAACCUCGACGAAAGCAGUUACGAACUUCUGAAUUCCUUCUAGUUGUCCCUUCAUGCUCCGCCGGACGCGGUAAGGCUGGCCAAUCGUGCACUCAUCGGGAUGCCGUUGCUAUGACAGAUGGCUGUCAGGGUUCGAGCCAGAGAUUUCAGAAUCUUGGGAGGGAUGAUCGUGGGGAUGUUUGGGAAAGGGUGGGAAAUGGCAUGAGAGAUAUAUGAUCCGGGAGAACUGCUCUGUUUCUUGGACGCAUCCAGCAAGGCCCAAUAUACGGCUCAAGGCCCCAGCAGCAAGGCCAACAACGCAGCGGAUCAA